GUUGAUGAUGGUGCUAAAAUCCACAGAGAAGGCAGCAGAAUGAGGCCUGGGAAGGGGCUGUAGUGUUAUCAGCUCAGAGCUCAUCAGCAGUAACCUUGGGGAGAACAGUAACCUUUGAGCUGCCUAAGAAGCCAGAUUGCACAGGAGACUGCAACAGACCAGGGUCUCUCCCUGAGGAAAGGGGGCCCCCUGGGAGGCCCCGCACUCACCUACUUCCCAAGGCCUGGGACCAGGCACCUCAGAAAGCCCGGGAUUCUGCUCUCAGGGGACAAAGCAGGGGGUCCCCAGAGCUGUCAGGGCAGAAAGGUGUCGGGGAGCUUCCAGGCCUCAGCCACAGCUUGGGCUGAAUUCUCUGAACCCUCCACACUAAGAGCUCCAGCCAGGCUUAAGGCCGCCGACAGAGCCGGACAAUGAAGAAGAAGCUUGUGGUAGUACUGACCAUCCUGGUCGCUGCCGUCAUUGUGGCCCUGAUCCUGGGGCUCACCCUGAGCCCGCGGGACAGCCAAGCGCAGUCCCACGUCUACAGGACAGCUGCUGUGGCUGCCGAUGCCGGGACGUGCUCUGAGAUCGGGAGGGACGUGCUGCAGGACGGCGGCUCGGCGGUGGAUGCGGCCAUCGCGGCACUCCUCUGCAUGGGGCUAAUGAACGCUCACAGUAUGGGGAUUGGCGGGGGCCUCUUCCUCACCGUUUACAACGGCAGCACUGGAAAAGCCGAAAUCAUCAACGCCAGAGAGGUGGCCCCGAGACUCUCAUUUGCCAAAAUGUUCAAUACCUCCGAGCAGUCUCAGAGAGGAGGCCUGUCUGUGGCUGUCCCCGGGGAGAUCCGUGGCUAUGAGCUGGCCCACCGACGGCAUGGAAAGCUGCCCUGGUCCCACCUGUUCCAGCCUAGCAUCCAGCUGGCCCGCGAGGGCUUCCCGGUGGGCAAGGGCCUGGCGACCGUCCUGGUCAAGCAGCAGAAGACCAUUGAGAGCAGUCCAGAGCUCUGUGGAGUGUUCUGUCGGGAUGGGAGGAUUCUACACCAGGGUGAGAUCGUGAAGAUGCCCCAGCUGGCCACGACCUACGAGAAGCUGGCCCAGGAGGGGCCAGACAUCUUCUACAAUGGGAGCCUGGCCCAACAGAUUGUCCAAGAUGUGCAGAAAGCAGGUGGGAUCCUGAGUCUGGAGGACCUGAACAGCUACCGGGCCGAGCUGAUCGAGAACCCCCUGAACUUCAGCCUGGGUGACUACAUUGUCUACACACCGAGUGCACCCCUGAGUGGCCCUGUGCUCAGCCUCAUCCUCAACAUCCUCAAGGGGUACCACUUCUCAGAGGCAAGUGUGGGCACACCAGAGCAGAAGGGCCUGACCUACCAUCGCAUUGUGGAAGCUUUCCGCUUCGCCUAUGCCAAGAGGACACUCCUGGGGGACCCCAAGUUUGUGAAUGUGUCUGGGGUGAUCCAGAACAUGACCUCAGAGUACUUUGCCGACGAGCUCCGGGCUCGGAUCACGGACAAUCAGACGCACGAGGCUGAGUACUAUGAGCCGGAGUACUUCACACCCAGUGACGGGGGCACUGCUCACCUGUCUGUGGUGGCCGAGGAUGGCUCUGCUGUGUCUGCUACCAGCACCAUCAAUCUCUACUUUGGCUCCAAGAUUCUGUCCCAGAGCAGUGGCAUUGUAUUCAAUGAUGAGAUGGACGAUUUCAGCUCCCCCAACAUCAUCAACCAGUAUGGGCUCCCCCCGUCCCCAGCCAACUUCAUCGCACCAGGCAAACAGCCUCUUUCUUCCAUGUGCCCCACGAUUGUGGUCGACAAGGACAAGAAGGUCAGGAUGGUGGUUGGCGCAUCCGGGGGCACCCAGAUCACCACGGCCACAGCCUUGGCAAUCAUCAGCCACCUCUGGUUUGGCUAUGACGUGAAGAGGGCUGUGGAAGAGCCACGGCUUCACAACCAGCUCCUCCCCAACACCACGACCCUGGAGGACCAGUUGGAAAAGGCUGUGGGGCCCGAGCUCAGGGCCCGGAAUCAUAACACCAAGACCACCGAGGACUUCAUUGCUGUGGUUCAGGCGAUCGUGAGCACCCCGGAUGGCUGGGCGGCGGCCUCGGACUCUCGCAAGGGGGGCGUGCCUGCUGGUUACUGACUGAGCUAGGCCUGGGGUGCUGCUGGGCCGGGCAGGGUGCUAGGACUCAGAGACUCCAACGACUCAUCACGAGGAUGAGGGGCAGGGCAGGGCAGGGCAGGGUUUCCCUGCUACUAUGUCUGCCACAAGCUGCUGGUUGAGGCAAUAAAUGAGCUGGAACCGUCA